CGGCGGGCGGCCCUCGUGCUGAUUGGUGGGCGUGAAAGUCCGUCUGAGCUAAGGCGGUGUUCUGCUGGGGAGUACGGAAAGAUGGUGGCCAAACGCAACAAUCGGCGCUUCGGUGAAAACGGACUGAGCUCCUGAGAUCGCAGCCGCCCUUGUCCUUUCAGGCCUUCCAGACCCACUGUUUCCACAUGGCCCUAACCUCUUUGAAGGAGCUCCAGGCUGGGGACCCUGACACCUUGCUAGUUUUUGAGAUGGGCAAGAACUCCCAGUUGGAUUCCCUGCGCUACCAGUCCCCCAUCAUGCGGCAAGUGUUCAUGAGGUUCCCAGAGGUGUUGUUCAUACAUCGGACCCCAAACCCCCGAGGCAAAAUACUGUACACCUUCCUGGUGGACGGCCCCGGGGUGCUGCCCGAGAGCAGCCUGACCAGGAUAGUGUAUUUCUCUGUCCCAGUCAAGGAGAACACGGAGGGCUUGGUUCAGCUACUCCAGACUUUCAAAAAAUUUAACCCUGAUUGGGAGAGAAUUUGCACCAUCCUGGUGGAUCCUUAUUUCUCCCUCUUGCCUGUUCUAGCUAUGGAGUUUCCAUCCGCAGAAAUACUUCUGUCUGCCUUUCAUGUAUGUAAGUUUCUUCAGGGAAAGUUCUACCGACUUGCCCUAGAGCCCUCAGUGAAGCAGCUGCUGCUCACGACCCUGAAGAAUACUGUGUGUUCAGCUACAGCCAGUAACCUGAAGAAAAUGCACACUCUCCUUAGUGACUCUGUCCCCCAGGACCUGCAGCCUGACCUUCACCUGGGCUGGUUACUAGAUGACCGCAUCUGGCUGGCACACAGGUGGAGGAGCAAGGCUGAAAGCAUCUGCUACUUUCAGGACCUAGAGAUCACAACCCGACUCUUAAGCCAAUUCUUUGGUAUUGAAUUGUCUUUGGAAAGGAGUAUCCUUUCCUUGCUAAGGUAUUUGAAGCAGAACAUGGAGAAGGAAGGGGCCUCCAACCUAGACCUAACUAUCCCAGCCAACUGUACCCCACUGGAGCCUUCUGCAGAAAUUAACAAGUUCCAAGAGGUGGAAGCCUGCAUCCAACAUUCCUUGCAAACUAUUUGUGCUGAACCUGCUGCGCAGCUCUGCUUGGGAGAAUUUGCUGUGGUCCAGAGGUCUGUACAGCUGAUUGGCUCAAGCACAGACAAGGUGAAUGUCCAGAUCCUAGAGGAUGUACAUGAAGUACGCCUGCAAGGCCCAGGCAGCUGUACCUGCCACUUCAGCAAAACAUUUGGCUUGCCCUGCCGACAUAUCCUCACUGUCCUAAGCUCCCGACAUCAAGUGCUGCAGCCUGAAAUGCUACCUGAACAAUGGAAACCUGGUAGAAGGACACCCCCAGGAAGUGUAGCCAGCCUUGCCAAUAUCCUGGGCAGCAGGUGGAAUGUGGGCCUGGACAAGGAGCUGCUGGUAGCAUUCCUCACGGGGGAGGUGAGGCGACUUUUGCUUCAGUGCAGCCGGGAAGAGUUUGAGCGACGUUACAACACCCUCCGGGAACUGGCAGAUAGCUGGAUUGGACCUUAUUUCCAAGUGCAAGUCUAGGUGCUUGUCCUUUUUCCUGCUGGGUGUGCUCUGUACCAUGACCCACCUAGCUAUCCUUCCUUAAUCCAGCUAAAGGGGCUGAUGAGUAUUGCCUAGGAUAAUGACAAAACCUCUAAGUCUCGGUUUUCUAAGCUAUUAAAUCGGGAUAACUGCCCUACUACCUACCUCACAGGAUUGUUGUGAGGAAAACGUUUUCUAAACUAUAAAGUGCUACAGAAAUGAGGGGUUUUUUUACGGGGUAAAAAAGGAGUAAUGUGCCUCCCACCACAUUCCAACUUGCUUUGCAAACAGUGUACUCUCUUAAGGUCAGCUGACUUAAUAAAUGAGGAGAAAGACCAAAUGACAGGUCAGCCCAGCUGCCCAGUCAGCUGACUCCAUUCCCCUGUAACUAAUCAGGUCUUAAAGCAUUUUUGCAGCCUAGGUGAAGAACUCUCUCUAGACCCUAUGCUCUAUGUCCCCUUGCCGUUCUUGGUACUUGUGAUUAAACCCGAAUGCUGCUUAUGGCAAUAUUGCUCAUUUAGAACCUUAGCCCACCACUUUCCCUGAAAAAGAGUACUAUUUGCCAUUCCUAUUAUCCUCUCCCCUGCCCAGUGCCAGCAAAGGAAAUGUGGAUUGGAUAAAGGUUUAUAGCAAAGAUAGUAAGUUGACUGACUGCUGCUACUUUAGAAAUAGGAAGAGAGCACUACUGCCCCUUCUCUCCAAUCAAUUGUGAUCUUUGGGUUACUUCACUGUUCUCUGGUCAAACCUAUUUCCCUGUUAAAGUGAAUAAACUUCCCAGCACUUGGCAGUA